AUGCCCCAACUGAACCCCAGCCCAUGAUUUAUAAUUUUAGUUUUCUCAUGACUUAUUUUCCUAAUUGUCUUACCACCCAAAGUGCUAGGCCAUACCUUCACGAACGAACCCACCCACAAAAAUGCAGAAAAGAUUAAACCUGAGCCCUGAACCUGACCAUGAUCCUAA